UUUCUCCGCCUCGCCUUCUUCUCUUCCCUUCGCUUCGCUUUCGUUUUCGCUUCGCGCCCAGCCGCUUCCCGGAUUCGGGGUUCGCUCCUCCGGCCGCCUUCCUCCAAACUCGGGAUCAGCCCUCUUCGGACGUGCACCGAAACCCGCGUGUUUCCUUCCCGUCCUCCCGAUGGCCACCUUGGAGAUCUCCCCCGCGUGCGAGGCGCAGGUGAACUCCUUCAAGGAGAAUCUUUGCGUCCAGGCUGAAGAACUUGUCGCCAGAAGAUUCCCUGAGAAAGUUGUAGAACUCAGUAAUUUUCUGAAGGCCCCGGAAUUGAAUGUGGCAGAUCUGGUUUCGCUCCGCGCCGAAUUAGAUAUUCCCGUACCGGAUCCCAAAAAGGACGAGGAACGUCGCAAACAGCGGGAGAAAGAAGAGAAGGAAAAGGAGGAGAAAAAAGAAGAGAAGACUGCUAAGAAGGCAUCAGAGGAUGAAGACAAAGCGCCACCGUGUGGCCCGGUUUGCCACAACGAGAAGAUCACCACUCUGCUGAACCGCGUCAAGCCGGAGAUCCAGGGCGCCAAAGAAAAACUGAAUGUGAUUUGUCUCUGGCUGCAGCUUCUCGUACCCCGGAUCGAAGACGGGAACAAUUUUGGGGUUGCGGUUCAGGAAAAAGUGUAUGAAUUGUUGACAGCAGCUCGGACGAAGCUGGAAGGGUUUCAAACACACAUUUCCAAGUAUUAUUCGGAACGGGGCGACGCCGUUUCCAAAGCUGCUAAAAGUCCCCACGUGGGAGACUACCGCCAGCUGGUCCACGAGAUCGACGAAGCGGAAUAUGCCGAAAUCCGAUUCAUGAUCAACGAAUUGAGAAACAUUUACGCUGUGAUCUACGACAGCGUCCUGAAGAAUUUCGACAAGAUUAAGAAACCCCGGGAUGAAAACAAAGGGAUGAUCUAUUGAGCGGUUCAGCCAGCGAUCGGGAGCAAAGCGAAUGGGGUCACCUCCCGGAUCCUUUUGCCUUCCCUGAUCUACUCGAUCCUCUUGAAAUAAAACAGAUCUGGUAAAACAUA